AUGGCUGGUGACGAAGACCAAAAGCUUCUUGAACAGAACAAGAGCUCAAACUCUUUCAAGACCUCAGAACCAUGGGAGAACUCCAAUCAUCCAUUUUUUCUCCAUCACUCAGAUCAACCAAGCGUUGUCCUCGUUUCACAAUCGCUGAUGGAAGACAAUUACACAACAUGGGUACAGUCAAUGAGCAUGGCACUUACUAUAAAAAACAAGAAGGGAUUUGUAGAUGGAACUCUCAAGAGACCGACUCAUAAUCCUGAUGAGCAACAACAAUGGGACCGCUGUGACAUUCUUGUGAAAACCUGGCUGCUGGGAGUAAUAUCGAAAGAUAUCUCAGGCAGUGUCAUUCAUUGCAAGGACACAAGAGGUAUAUGGCUAGAACUGAAAGAGAGAUUUUCUCAAACUAACACUGUUUCAUUGUUCUAUAUAGAAAAUGCCAUUCAUGAUUGUGAACAAAGUACAAACUCAGUCACGUCUUUUUUCACGAAACUCAAAAGCCUGUGGGAUGAGAAGGAUGCCCUCUGUGCGUUCCCCCCUUGCAAUUGUGAGGCAGCUACCGUGGUUAAGGUUUUCAUGGAGACACAAAAGACCAUGAAGUUCUUGAUGGGGCUUAAUGAAAGCUAA